GCCCCAUCGCCUAGUCGUGGCUAUGGAUCUGAUUUCAUUCUGACUGUCCCUCUCUCUUUCGAACAUGAGGUACUUCAUUGUACCCUGGGAUUCCUGGUCUUGAAGAUCAUAGUCAUAGUCAUACGAACUGCUUUCGACAAAUCAAUUGCAAGAUUUAGGACCCGUGCCCGGCUGAGAUGCAACUUGCCAGUGAGCUGCAGAAUGGGGGGUAAACGACAACCAUUUAUUGCGGCUGAAGGGAACGCCUGGUCUGCGCAAGGCUGGUGCGCGCCCCUCUAUGACUGUCGGAAGAAAAAGGAAUUCUUCAGCUCGUAUUAGUUAACUAUCCUUCGCUCUGCUUACUGUGACUGCAUUGAGAAUUUAUUUUUAAGGAGAUUUCCCGCACCAACAUGGCAGUAGCAGCAGGAACAGAAUGCGUUUGCUGUGAGGUGAUUCACCAUGCCAGAUCCACAUCCACACCAGCAUCCCAAUCCAUUCCAAGAGCCAGAGCAUGCCUCAGGGCAGCCACGUCGGCUGGUACUUUGCUUCGAUGGAACUGGAAAUCAGUAUGAGGGAACCGAAAAGGACACCAACAUUGUCAAGAUCUAUGAGAUGCUUGAAAGACAUAUCCCCGGACAAUACGCCUAUUACCAACCCGGCAUAGGGACUCUGACUUACGUGAAAGGCUCAAGCUUUCGCUCGGGGGGAUUCAGCUCCUGGGCCAAAAUGAAAGCAGGGGUCAAAGCCCUCCUGGACCAAGCCAUUGGCAUGUCCUUCAUCGACCAUGUUAUCGCGGGCUACAAGUUUAUCAUGCGUUACUACUCCACAGGCGACCAUAUCUACAUUUUCGGGUUCUCGCGCGGCGCGUACACGGCACGCUUCCUCGCGGAAAUGAUCCACAACAUUGGACUUCUCUCGCGCGGAAACGAAGAAAUGGUCCCCUUUGCCUGGGAGACCUUUAGCCAGUUCCAGAGCUCCCGCGGGAACGUACCGCAGUCCCCCAAAGAUCGCGAUCUAGCACACUACAUGCACAAGUUCAAGACGACUUUCUGCCGGCCCCAGGUGGGCGUUCACUUUCUCGGUCUCUUCGACUGCGUCAAUAGUGUAGGGCAGUUUGAGAUUCCCUUUUUCCGCCGGUCAUACCGGUACAUUGCCAGUCCUGCAGCGAAGCACAUUCGCCACGCGGUUUCGAUUCACGAGCGCCGGCUGAAAUUUAAGCCUGCCUUGUUCCGCCUGGGAGAUGACGAGAAACCGGCAGUCGAUUUCAAGGAGGUCUGGUUUGCGGGCAACCACGGUGAUGUGGGAGGAGGCUGGCAUCUGCACCGCGGGCAGAAACAUCUUCUUUCAGAUAUCCCGCUGAGCUGGAUGAUACAGGAGGUCCUGAAUCUGCCUGGCUCGGAGAGUCAGCUCUCCUUUGUCACGACCAAUGUGGAAAAAGUGGCCAGAAACGAAAGCCAUUCCUUGUGUCGACACGAAGAGCCAGGGACCGAUUCGUGGCGGAGGCAGCAGACAACGAACAAGCCGCAUGACAUGCUUCGGUUCGGCCACGGCGCAAAAUCUGUAUCUGUGUUGUUCUGGUGGAUCCUAGAGGUCCUGCCAAUAGCGAGCCGUCUGGAGCUCGAAAACGGAAAAUGGGUUCCACGACGACUCCCACCGAAUCUUGGGGCGGAGCGCGAUCUUCCUGACGGAGCAACCAUUCAUCCUAGUGUCUUGGAGAUGCGUGAAGCGGGGAUCCUGGAUGAGUUUCCGAUCCCGAAACCUGGAGGGGACAACCCCAACUUACCUCCGAAUAUUGUCAAUCGUGAGUGACUUGCUAUAAAAUUCCGACGAGGGGGUAUUCGAUGUAGUUCUAGUUUACUCUAGUAUGUAAUUAAACCUAG